AUGGACUCAAAACCUAGAAAAGAGCAGCCGAUAGCGGUAGCUCUCUUAUCCCGCGCCCACGACCCCGACGAAGCAACACGCAUCUUCACAGAGAAAGUCCAGCAACGCCCUCUCUUCCUCGCCCCGUCUUCCCCGCCGCCAUCCGACGCCCGCGCCGCCCGGCGCCGAGAGCGACAAAAGAAGAAACAGGCUCGCAAGAAGGCUCUGAAACCAAAGCCCCUCUCAGCAGCCCAGCGCCGCAGGUUGGGCCUCUAUGAGGUUCCGCGCGAAGGGCAAAAGUACGCUCUCUUCGAGCCGCUGCACCAGCUCUGGCUGGGAUACGUGCGCGAAAUACUGGGGAACGAGGUGUACACGGGCGGCGAGGGCGCCGCGGCCAAGCUGGCCAGCGCUGACUUUCACGGUGCCGGCGUUGAGGUGGUCCGGAGCGGGUGCGUCAGCCGCGUGGGCAUCAAGGGGAUUGUGAUCAAGGAUUCGAGGUUCGCGUUCGAGAUCAUUACGCUCAAAAACAGGUUGAAGCUGUUGCCGAAAGAGGGGACCGUGUUCCGGUUUGAGGUCCCCGUGCCGGCUCCCGCGGCGCAGGACGGGUUGAGCGAGGAGCAGGCCGGUCAGAAGCAGGAGCACCCCUCAGCGAUGGUUUUCGAGGUUCACGGCGAGCAAUUCCAGUUCCGCUCCGCGGAUCGUGCAUCGAGGAAGUUCCGCUCGCACUUUUCCAGCAAGCUUUGA